AUGGCAUCUGCCAAGGCUCAAGCCAAUGACAAGCGCUUGGUCGCUGAAGUUGCCGGCAAGGGAGACUAUUCCGACGAGCCACCGGCCGAUCUGGAUCUGAUCCGAGCGCGAGUCGUGCUCCCCCCAAACUGGCUCGUCUACCCGUCUGGACUCGAACUGCCGGAAACGCUCAAGGACAUUCGCGAACGAUACCAAGUGUGGAUCGUCAGCUUGGAGAGCACACAAGCCUUCGACAUCUACAGUGACUCGAUAGCGCGACUGCAGGAUGCCGUAACUGCCUUCAACCAGCUCGUACACGACCUGCGUCUGCGCAAAGAACUUCUGGCAGAGGUGCUCACCGUUCAGCACUGCUCCAGGGCGAACAAAGACACCAGAAUAUCACUCAAGCUCAUGUCAAGGCCUGAGGUGAUAUCCCAACUGGUUGGUCGCCAUGAUAUACCGGCAAUCUCGGCGGCACUCUUGGAAAGCCUCCGUCCUCAUCUCAUCAACUCUACAGAGUGUUUGAUGAGUCUCAGCUCCAACCUCAGGAUGCGCGUCAACUUUGGGAUACUGAAGGCAGUAUUAAGAAAGAAGGAGAUACCAGAGGUACUGACCUAUGACGAGUUCGUCGAGGCGGCCAAGACAUAUUCAGUUCGCGGAGGCAUUGGCCUACAUGACAGGUUCUCCGAGAUCAAGCUCUCAAACCACAUCAUCAAGCAUUUGCUGGCCUUGGACGGGAAUGGCGGCAUUCGCUUGGUCAAGGACACUGUGAAACGUGCCUACUCGUUGACGAUGCGCUUGAAUCAGUUGGAUCAGAAAGAAGUAUGGCUGCAAGACUGGGCCGGAGACGGCGACGCCGCAUUGCCCCGGGCCAGGAUGGGCGUUGCAAUGCCCACCAGCUACCUCGACUGGGUAAUGGCCGCCCCCGACAUGAGGGUCGACUGGGGCCUUAGGGCCGAUGAGUAUGUCGUAGAGAGUGUGCCAGAAGAGUUCCAUGGCCUCAUCAAGGAGCUGAAGCUCAAGCCGGCCAGAUACAAGGAGAACGGCGAUUUUCUCAGGCCGGCCGAAGUGAUAUUUCCUCGACCUGGGGGGUGGAAAGACCGCAUCAAACAAACCCGCUUGAAGACGUCAUUCGUCGCGGAGAUUCACGACACUCCCUAUCUGCUAGAAAUAAGCAUCACCCAGAUUUGGGACAAGUACAAGACCAAGGCAAAGCCAAGAACGGUGUGGGGGAUGGAGAUUUAUGGUAAACACUGGGACUCGGCCAUGAACCAUGUCGAUCCCAUCAGCCGGAGAAAGGACUGGGGAGAGGCGCAGAGGAAUGUUUGGGUUGGCAAGGAUCCAAACAUGUGGAAGAGGUUCCAGAGCUUCCUUGAGGUCGUGCUACACGUCCAGAAGCAUGUCCAGGACAUUCCGCCGCUGACAGACGAGGAUCUCGAGCAUACCGAAAGCGAAGCCGGAGAGUAG